AUGGAUGGUAUUCUAUAUGAAGCACAACGUCAAGGUCGUAUUAGUUUUUAUAUGACUCAUUAUGGUGAAGAAGCUACUAUGGGAACAGCUGCAGCUUUACAACCAGAAGAUAUGAUAUUUGGUCAGUAUCGUGAAUCCUUUAUGCUUGUAUACCGCGGUUUUACUAUAGAUGAAUUUGUCAAUCAAUGCUUCUCAAACGAACUGGAUUAUGGUAGAGGCCGACAAAUGCCGAUUCAUUAUGGUACCAAGAAAUUAAAUUUCCAAACCAUCUCAUCACCUCUUGGUACUCAAAUUCCUCAAGCUGCUGGUGCUGCUUAUGCUUUCAAAUUGGCUGGAAAGGAUGCUUGUAGUAUAUGUUUCUUUGGUGAAGGUGCUGCUUCUGAAGGUGAUUUCCAUGCUGGUCUCAAUAUGGCUGCUACUCUUAAUAGUCCAACUAUCUUCUUCUGUCGAAACAAUGGUUUUGCUAUUUCAACACCAUCUUCUGAACAAUAUCGAGGUGAUGGUAUCGCUAGUCGUGGAGUUGGUUAUGGUAUUGAUACAAUUCGUGUGGAUGGCAAUGAUGUGUGGGCUGUUUACAAUGCUACCAAAGCUGCAAGGGAUAUUGCUGUAAAAGAAAAACGACCUAUCCUUAUUGAAUCUAUGACUUAUCGUAUUGGACAUCACAGUACUUCAGAUGAUUCUACAAAAUACCGUGAUCGCAAAGAAGUGGAAGAACGUGCACAAUUUGAUAACCCUAUUACCCGUCUUCGUCGUUACUUGGAACAAAAACAGUGGUGGAAUCAAGAACAAGAUGAUACCUGGCGCAAACAAAUCAAACAAUCUGUACUGACAAGUUUUGCUGCUGCUGAAAAGAAGAAGAAGCCUGCUUUGGAACAUAUGUUUACUGACGUUUAUGAUGAAAUGACGCCUAAUUUGAUUCGCCAAAAAGAGGAAUUGGAACGAUUGAUCAAAGAGUACCCUGAAUAUUACCCCACAGAUGAAUUUGCUCCCUCUUCUUCAUCAUCAUCGUCAUCACCGUCAUCAUCAUCAUCAUCAUCAUCAUCAUCAUAG